AUGCCUGGCGAAAGGUUCCACGCACAGAUACAAACAUUUGAUUGUGAUGAUGAAAUAGAAGACGUAGUAGGCGAUGUAAAGCUUACAGAAUCACAGAAAAGUGUAGCCAUGUCGAAUGUGUACUCUCUGGACUUCAACGACAACGACAGCAGCUCUGAGAAACUCAACUCCUCGGGAAUGGAGACAUACGUGCUAGAGUGGGACAGCGAAGACAGUGAUUGUUCUGUUAUGCCAAGCAACGUCAGCAUCAUCAACAUGAAAGACAGACCUGCGAAGCCUGUCCUCAUCAACAGAGACACACAAUAUGAAGCUACCAAGAAAAUCAACACGGCCUCCUCCAAAUGCACCAUUAUUGCACAAGAAAUAUUUACUCAGACUAGCAAGACAAUCAUAGAACUAGCUGAGAGUGACGGCGCAGUCAGGAGACCAAUCGGAAGCAAAACAUUAGAAACGCAAACCUCAUUCAUAUCAAUAACGGAAAAUAAAACUGUCGAGUAUACCAUACAGAUGGCAAGUGUUACGCAAAACAUACCUAGAAAUGAAAGCAUUGGCGACUCCGGCGAUAACACCACUGUUAAUCCCACCGAAUGUCACCAAAUAUUCCCAAAUUCUAUAGAUGACGGUUCCUCCAAGUUUGUUAUAUCUGAAACAGAAAACGAAAAAACCGACGACUGUACGAGUGACAACAGCUCACAUAGCACCGACAAAGUAACUACAAACAUUGAUAACGACGAUUCUAAAGAAAACACAAAUGAAUUGGCAGACGAACCACCUGAGUACGAGAGUACGAGUGAUUUUGAACAAUCACCCGAUAUCACUGACAAUGACAUGGAAGAAGAUUCUCUCAUGGAACCCAAGCUUAAACCUAGCAAUAGCGAUAACCAAACCGACAGCAGCUCCACUCCACGAUCUGUUGACAACGACGUUGCUGAACUAUACAGCAAAUUAUCUGAGAGCUUGGAAUGCCACCUGCGCACUUCUGAUUAUGAAAAUAAACGCUUCGGACACCUAACUCCUUUGACUGAAGAAUCAGUGAUAAAGAAAAAUAGCUCUAGCGACAUAAAUGUUGAGACACAGCACAAUAACACGUGUCAAAGUGAUGAUGAUGGAGUACUGUUCACAAAUAAUGCCGGAAUUAAAGUUAAGAUGUUUCCAAAACCAGAGAAUAGCAAAGAAAUUGAAACCUUGAAAUUGCCACCCAUCCAAGGUAACUACAACUGUUCCGAUGGUGGCAAUCUAAAUUUCUUAUUUUCCAUAAGUAACAAUAAUAAAUUAUCAGCUAAGAAUAAUAACUUGCCGAGCGUUAAUGAGGAUAGAAAAGAAAGGAACGUUGAUCGGUGGGAAAUAGGAUCUAAAGAACUGGCGGCAGGCGAAAGUCCACUUAUAAGUGGAAGAAGUGGUAAGUUUGAGAUAGAAAAAAUCUAUGAAGAUACUUUUUAUUUAAUAAAAAAAACUCACUCAAAUACCCUUACACAAAUAUCCUUAUUAGACGAUGCGCAUGUGAACAGUAAGUAUCUUAUCAACUUUCCAUGUACAGCAAAAGCUUUGCAGUCCACUGAAUAUAUCACAAUGGCGUGCGGACCAGACAUCGACAGAACCGUCCAACUGCCUCCCAUCCACGCGGAGUGCCACGUGCCGAACACUGCGACCAGGUCCGACCUUCACGUGCCAACUGGGAGCAAGCCAGACGUGCUGGUCACCGAGUCCACCUCCCCCAUCAGCAUUAAGGACAAAAUUAAAGAGCUCAAGAUGAGCCACAGGCCACGGAAUUCUUGGACCCAUUCGAAGUUUGCUCAUGGAACAGAAAGCAGAAGUGGCUCCCCCAGCACCACCAUGUCUCCUGACGAGAGCAGAAUCACAGACGCCGCGGAACGAGGAUGUGAACUGCUCUGCGCCGAGCUGCUGAAGAAACUGCGCUCGCACUCCUGGUUUGAAGUAGCAGAUGCUCUGGAAGACCUGCCUCGUGUCUUGGACAAGUUUUGGGGCGUCAUAGCUGAGCACAGAAUUGCAGAUCUAAUAAGACAAGUGACGGCCCACGUAGAAUCCCCGAGGACGCAGGUAGCGCGCGCCGCGUGCAGCACUCUUGCCGUUAUACUCAAGAACACCAACUAUACUAAAAAGCCCGACUUCUACGAAGCCGUGACAAUUCUACUGAUCAAGACUGGCAGCUUCAGUCGCCCAGUCAGACGUGCUGCCAAUGUAGCUCUAGACGACAUUGUCUGUGGCGUAGACUUGAGUCACGCAGUCACUGCACUAUGCAUCCACGGCUCUGGGCACAAGAGCGCUCUAGUGCGCUGCGCGGCAGCCCGGCUGCUAGUGGUGUGCUGCGCGCUGGGGGGCGGGGGGCGGGACCUGCUGCGCGCGCGCCCCCCGACCGCGGCCAGCGCGCGCCGCCAUGCGCUGCGCUCGCUCGCCUCGCUGCUCGAUGAUAAGAGCACUGAUGCUAGAAAGUACGCUGAGCGUCUAUACACAAUGCUGCGCCCGCUGUCAAACUUCGAGGCUUACUACCUGACAGACGUUGACGUUGAAGUGGCGUCUCGGCAGAUGAAGAAGUACGACCAGCAGCUGCUGAGCGGCCCCCCGGAAGGCAGGUGACGUCACAGCCUGGGCCAAGAGGUCAACGGCCCCAGGGGGCCAUCGCGAGACAAGCGUCACUUCGACUGUGAUCUAGGGACCGACCAUAGUUGUCGUGCAUAAUUCUGAAGCCAAAACAUACCCUUACAUGUAUUUAAAAACAACGUUUUUCAUGUAGCGAACCAACGAGAAUUUGUGUAUAAUAAAGUUUUUAUUUAACACAAAAAAACUAACAAAUUUAAUCAAAGGCUUCUAAAAAAAUACUCCAUGGAACGAGGACAGUGUAUUUCGAAUCUUUUAGUGCUGUUCUGAUUGUAAAAAACAUAAAUAAAUAAUCCAUUAAAAAAAUCUUACAGCACAUAAACACAAAAAUAUUAAAAAAGUUACUUAGCGUUGUAUUUGUUUCAAUACUGCGAGAGUGCGUUUGAUAUAAUUCUUAUAUAUGUAUCAGAACUUAGUUUUAAAUUGGCCGAUUUUAAAUUUAAAUCUCUAUUUAAAUUUUGAAGUUAUUUUUUCUACGACCACCGUGGUAAUUAUACGGUAUGGAACACCGUGAUUCUGCUUUACAGCUUACCAUCGCUUCAAGGAGUUCCUUCUUGUAACUCUAUUCUCUCUGGUACAAUCACAAAUAAAUAGUAUGUUACUACAAGUGAGCCUUAUCGUCGUCAAAACCCCUAGUUCCAUAUAAAAUAUUCGUUUUUGUUAGAAAAGGUGAUAUUAGUACUAAUAGUUUUGUAAAUAUAUUAUUGUAUUUACACAAUAUCUUAGUGCAUGUUUUUGUAAACAUAUAUUUAUUGAAUCUGUGUCGGUCAUUAGAUAGGUUUUCAUUGAGUUUUGUACGCCACGGUUGUAAAAUAAGUAUGACUUUUGGAUUUAUAGUAAAGUGUGUAGAUAAA